UCCGCUCCUCCAGCCUCCGCGGGUCCGGGAGGAGGAGGAGGAGGGAGGAAGGAGGGGGGGGCCGGGUCCUGCUUUCUCCCCCCCGCGCCUCCCCCGAACCCCGAUGCCGCCGGCCUGAGCCCGCCGGGACGAUGCUGCCGCUGCUGCCGCUGCUGCUGCUGGGCGCCCCGGGGCUGAGCCUGCCCUCGGGGGGACCCCCGGGGCUGAGCCUGCCCUCGGGGGGACCCCCGGAGCUGAGCCUGCCCUCGGGGGGACCCCCGGAGCCCGACUCCGCGCUGGUCACCCCCCUGCGCCUGGACCCCGACAUCAACGGGCCGGCUUAUUUCAGGGGGGGCCCUGCCGAGCCGCCCCGGGGCGGGCAGGCGGUGGUGAUCCAGCUCUCGGCUUUCGGGGAGGAUUUCUACCUCCACCUCUCGCCCGACGCCCGUUUCAUCGCGCCCGCCUUCGCCGCGCACUACCUGGGGGCGGCCGCCCGCCCGCUGCCCGCUCUCCGCCACUGCUUCUAUUCGGGGGAUGUCAACGCCGACCGCGAGUCCUUCGCCGCCCUCAGCCUAUGCGGGGGGCUCCGGGGGGCUUUCGGCUACCGGGGAGCCGAGUACCUGAUCAGCCCGCUGGCGGGGGGGCCCGGGGGGCUCCAUCGCCUGCAGCGCCGCAGCCCCGGCCGCCCCGUCGGGGCCGGAGCAUCCCGGUGCGCCGUGGGCUCCGGGCUCACCCCCGGCGUGCUGCAGGCGCUCGACAAGUACCGGGGCCGUGCGGGGGGGAAAGGCGGUCGGGCCAAGCGCUUCGCCUCGGUCCCGCGGUACGUGGAGACCUUGGUGGUGGCCGACGAGUCGAUGGUGAAGUUCCACGGGGAUGACCUGCAGCACUACCUGCUCACCCUGAUGGCCACGGCCGCCCGCCUCUACAAGCACCCCAGCAUCCGUAACCCCAUCCAGAUCUCCGUGGUCAAGUUCCUGCUCAUCGGGCAGGAUGACAAGGGGCCCAAAGUCACCAGCAACGCUGCCCUCACCCUCCGCAACUUCUGCGCCUGGCAGAAGAAGUGGAACAAGGUCAGCGACAAGCACCCCGAGUACUGGGACACCGCCAUCCUCUUCACCAAGCAGGACCUGUGUGGUGCCACCACCUGUGACACGCUGGGGAUGGCAGACGUGGGCACCAUGUGUGACCCCAAGCGCAGCUGCUCCGUCAUCGAGGACGAUGGGCUGCCCUCGGCUUUCACCACCGCCCACGAGCUGGGCCAUGUGUUCAACAUGCCCCACGACAAUGUGAAGGCCUGUGAGGAGGUCUUUGGCCGGCUGAAGACCAACCACAUGAUGUCCCCCACCCUCAUCCAGAUCGACCGUGCCAACCCCUGGUCAGCCUGCAGUGCUGCCAUCAUCACUGACUUCCUGGACAGUGGCCAUGGGGACUGUUUGCUGGACCAGCCUGCCAAGCCCAUCCCUCUGCCCGAAGACCUGCCGGGGACGAGCUACAGCCUGAACCAGCAGUGCGAGCUGGCCUUCGGGGUGGGCUCCAAGCCCUGCCCCUACAUGCAGUACUGUGCCAAGCUGUGGUGCACGGGCAAGGCCCGGGGGCAGAUCGUGUGCCAGACCCGGCACUUCCCCUGGGCCGACGGCACCGCCUGCGGCGACGGGCGCUUCUGCCUCAAGGGCGCCUGCGUGGAGAGGCACAACGUCAGCAAGUACAGGGUGGACGGUGGCUGGGCCAAGUGGGCCCCGUACGGGCCGUGCUCGCGGAGCUGUGGCGGCGGGGUGCAGCUGGCCAGGCGCGAGUGCACCAACCCCGUGCCGGCCAACGGGGGCUCCUACUGCGAGGGCAUCCGCGUCAAGUACCGCUCCUGCAACCUGGAGCCCUGCGCUGCCUCAGUGCCAGGGAAGAGCUUCCGUGAGGAGCAGUGUGAGGCUUUCAAUGGCUACAGUCACAGCACGAACCGCCUCACCGCCUCCGUCUCCUGGGUUCCCAAAUACUCCGGUGUCUCGCCUCGGGAUAAGUGCAAGCUCAUCUGCCGGGCCAAUGGCACCGGCUACUUCUAUGUACUGGCACCCAAGGUUGUGGAUGGCACCCCUUGCUCCCCGGACUCCACUUCAGUCUGUGUCCAGGGCAAAUGCAUCAAGGCAGGCUGUGAUGGGAAGUUGGGCUCCAAGAAGAAGUUUGACAAAUGCAGCGUCUGCGGAGGAGACAACAAGAGCUGCAAGAAGGUCUCAGGCUUGUUCACCAAACCCAUGCACGGCUACAACUUCGUGGUGGUGAUCCCUGCAGGCGCCUCCAACAUUGACAUCCGCCAGCGGGGCUACAAGGGACUCAUCAGCGACGACAACUACCUGGCGCUGAAGAACGCGCAGGGCAAGUACCUGCUGAACGGCCACUUCAUCGUCUCGGCCGUCGAGAGGGACCUGAUGGUGAAGGGCAGCGUCCUGCGCUACAGCGGCACCGGCACCGCCGUCGAGAGCCUCCAGGCCUUCAAGCCCAUCCAGGAACCCCUGACUCUGGAGGUGCUCUCCGUGGGGAAGAUGACCCCUCCUCGCGUGCGCUACUCCUUCUACCUCCCCAAGGAGAGCAAGGAGGACAAAUCCUCCUACAAGAAGGAGGGCAAGACCCCGCCGGACCUCAACAACAGCGUGCUCAGCCUGUCCAACCGCUUGGACGGCGGGAGGCCGAGCUACAAGCGGCCCUCGUACAAGUGGGCGGUGGGCGGUUGGGAGGCGUGCUCCGUCACCUGCGGCGAUGGCUUGCAGAAGCGCUCGGUGGCUUGCCGCGACUCCUACGGCCAGCCGGCCGCCGAGUGCGACGCGGCGCAGCGCCCCGCCGACGUGCGGCUCUGCGGGGAGCCCUGCCCGGCCUGGGAAGCUGGACCCUGGUCUCCCUGCUCCAAGAGCUGUGGUCGGGGUUUCAAGAGGCGGGCGUUGAAGUGUUUGGUCCCCAGCGGGCGCCUGCUGCCGCGGGAGAGUUGCAAUUUUCGGAGGAAGCCGCAGGAGCUGGAUUUCUGCACCUUGAGGCCGUGCUGAGCAGGUCAAAGGGCGUGGUGUUCCGAUGGCUGAGUGCAGCCAGAGGUUGGGAGUGGGGGAGAUGUCCAUAGCACAUAGCAAAAGGGGGAAAAAUAAGGAAAAAAUGGG